UGUCUGUGAGUCUCCUGUCACUCCUCGUCACCACCUGUGGUCUGGCCUCUUCAGCGUCUCUCUCUACGUCUCCUGGAAACUAUGCUGGUUGCCAUGGCGAGGAGGCAGCCUGGCCGACGCCUUGAGGGCGGGCCUUGGGGACCAGCAGCCAGUUCUGAUGGAGGUGGAUGGGGAUGGCGAGGAGCGGGGAGUACAGUGAGGAGUGUGUGAAGGAGCCCUCGGGCCCCAACCCGGUCCUGGAGUCGGCCAUGAAGAUCAGCCACACGUCCCCAGACAUCCCCCUGGAGGCCCAGACCAAGGCCAAGGACAACUAUGUCCACCCCACAUAGCGUGUGCAGAGACAGAUCACCGAGCCCACCUCCUCCGGACGACACCACUCCAUCCGGCGCCAAAUGAACCUGUCCAACCCGGACUUCAACCUGGCCCAGUUCCAGAGACAGGAGUCCCUGUCGGGCCUGGGCCGGAUCAAACCCGAGCUCUACAAGCAGCGCUCCGUGGAUGCCGACGACGAGCACGGCGAGGACAGCUGCGGGCGGCUCCACUUUAUCCUCAAGUUCGACUGCGACCUGGAGCAGCUGAUCGUCAAGAUCCAGCGAGCCCAGGACCUCCCCGCCAAGGACUUCUCCGGAACCUCCGACCCCUACGUCAAGAUCUACCUGCUGCCGGACAGGAAGACCAAACACCAGACCAAGGUGCACAGGAAGACGCUCAACCCGGUCUUCGACGAGGUCUUCCUGUUUCCCGUGACGUACGGCGAGCUGCCGUCCCGGAAGCUGCACUUCAGCGUCUACGACUUUGACCGCUUCUCGCGCCAUGACCUGAUUGGCCAAGUGGUGGUGGACAACUUCCUGGAUCUGGCCGACUUCCCCCGGGAGACCAAGCUGAACAGGGAGAUCCAGUACGUGACCUCGGACAAUGUGGACCUGGGAGACCUGAUGUUUUCUCUGUGUUACCUGCCCACGGCUGGAAGACUCACCAUCACCAUGAUCAAGGCCAGGAACCUCAAAGCUAUGGACAUCACUGGAGCAUCAGACCCCUACGUGAAGGUCUCCCUGAUGUGCGAGGGCCGCAGGCUGAAGAAGAGGAAGACCUCCACCAAGAGGAACACGCUGAACCCCGUCUACAACGAAGCCAUCGUGUUCGACGUCCCGCCUGAGAACAUCGACCAGAUCAGCCUGCUCAUAGCUGUCAUGGACUACGACCGAGUGGGUCAUAACGAGGUGAUCGGGGUGAGCAGGGUGGGGAACGAGGCCGAGAGCCUGGGAAGAGACCACUGGAACGAGAUGCUCUCCUAUCCCCGCAAACCCAUCGCUCACUGGCAUCCCCUUGUAGAGUGGGUGGGCCAGAGUGCCACAGGAGGAGGAAGUCAGGGAGGCUCCUGCAACUCUCUCAAGACCCCACCCUCACCAUGAUCAACACACACACCCACACAAACGCACGCACAUCUACACUCACACGCACUUGCACACAUCUACAAACACACACGCGCGCGCACACACACACACACACACACAAAUCUACACACACACAAAUGCACAGCAACACCGACGCACAAACAUGCACGCACGCACGCACACACACAAACACAGUGAAAAGAGGCGCUAUUCAAAACAGGACACGGAUGGCUUGUGAAGAAGAUCUGAUGGAUCCUGACAUCCUGACACGGGGUGGAGCCUUAACACGACUGCAUUCAUUGGUCCAAACUGGUUCAUGCCUCCACAGAGGCCAGCAGUAUUAUUGGAAGUAGAUGUACCACUACUGAUCACAGGUCAUAUCUUUGCUCCCACAUGUGGGUGAGGCUAGGAGCAUGUGAGGGCCUUGCUGAUCCCAGACCUGCUCCUAGAGCCGACACCCUGUGUAGCGAGUACAGAAUUCAACUGCAUGUCCGUGGCCAUCCGUUUAAUAUUACAGCACUGUUAGAAAGGAAAAUUGUAUCGAUAGAAAUUGUUCCAGUUUCAGUUGGGAGAUGAUUCUAGUAUUUUUAACACGUAUGUUUUAACAUUUAAUGGAUAAUGGUUUAUUUUUAGGUAAAUUGCAUGGCUUAAUUUGAUGUAAUGUAGAUUUUAAUUCUCUAAUUUCUGUAAUGAACCUAAUUUUAGCUAAUGUUAGCUGCUAAUUUUCAUACAAAAUGUCAAUUGUCAAUUCAUAUGUUCUUGAUAAAUAAAUAAAUAUAUA